AAUGGUUAAAACAUAAUAACGAACCAUGGACUGAUGUUGUUGAACAUUGGGAGGCAAGACGACUUGCUAGAAUAAGGGAUAUGACUAUAUGACUAAUCGGAUGGAAAUGUUCAUCUACUUUUUACGAAAUGGCCAAUUUUGAAACAUCCGCAGGAUUACACAUUAAUUGAAUCUGAUUAUGCUGCACAAUUCGGAAACGUGAUCUCUAUAUACAAUGAAUGGCCAGAAUUUUCAAAAAAAAUAUAUUCUCUCAUGAAAACUGAAAUUAAAGACAGAGUAUAUGAAGAACAAUUAGAUCAAAUAAAUGAAAAUAUAUCAGAAGAAGAAAGAAAUAUUAGACUCCUAAAAUUAUUGCCAGCAUUAUGUAUCCCAACAAUUAGAAUCCGUAAGGAUAGGAGAAAUAUCAAGCCUACAAUAACUGAAUCAUUAAAUUCUUUCAUUUUAUCAGUAAAUAGUCCUGCUGAUCUUGAACAUAAUAUUGAACGUCAAAGGAAUAGAGCUGCUGCAUUAAAUUUGACUCUGCAACCAUUUAUUAUUUUCGUAGGACGUGACGCUAGCUCAAUUAACGCAUACUACGUUUGCAUCGAUAAAAUAUUAUAUAAAACUGAGAGUGCUCUCAAAGCUAUCGACGUAUGCUACAAGUGCUUUUUCGUACUGCAUGUCUGUUAUCCUAAAGAAUCUCAACAGGUAUGGCUUCUCAUACAAAAAUGUUUGUAUAAAAUGACAACUGAGUACGACACCGAUGUGAUAAAUCCAAAAGUUGUAUCCAUCGAAAAAGAAUUUUGUAAAAUGUAA